AUGGCGUCCAGAGUCCUCUCCUUCGCAGGCUGGGCUUUCCUCCCCGGUCUAGCAACCUCUUUCCUGCAGAGCUUCUACUAUCGCCUCACCAUCCGAGCAGGCUCACCGCACCCGCAGCCUGGUUCGCCACUGUAUACCCUCCACAACCGACGCAUCCACGUCGCCGUGAUCAGCAGCUACCUGCUAUACACCCUGUACGAAGAAUACUACAGCCUCCGGAUAGCAGGCGACUUUUACAGUCUUCUCGGCGUCCUGCCUACCUCAGAUGAGAGGACGAUCAAGACUCGCUUCCGACGACUAGCGGCGCUGUUCCAUCCCGAUAAAGCGAGACAGACGUCUACAGCAAGCUACACGACGGACGAUGGCAGGAACCUGGAUGAGUUCUUCGUGAUGCUGAAGCUGGCGCAGGAUACGCUGCUUGAUCCCGUCAAGAGGUUUGCGUAUGACCGGUUUGGAGCCGGCGUGGUCGACCGGCCCGAGGGCGCGGGCAAGGCGUUGAGCAUGGGCGGGUACUUCUACGAGGGCCUCUUUGCGCUUGUCCCGCAGUAUGUGGCCGGGUUCAUGAUGAUGAUUGUCCUGAACAUAUUCUGGCUGUCUGCUUGGGCGAGAUACUGGCGGUUCUAUACGUUCUUCGCCCUGUUGACUCUCGAGCUGACGCUGCUCACCCACCCCAACGCCACCUUCAUCCCCUCCGCCUAUCUUCCCGCCACGCUGUCCUGGUUACUGGGGCUAGACAGUUUCUAUCUGCUUCCCUUCCAGAUACUGGCUCUCGCCCGCACGGCCUCGGUGACCAUCAACAUCUUCAUAUCGCAGCUUACCCCUCCAGACGAGAAGUCGAGGGGAGCAGGCAAAGGCAAGGGAGAGGGCGGGCUUAGCGUACAGACGCAGCAGCAGCUGGCACAGAUCGCCCAGUUGGCGCAUACACAGGAUAGCGAGACGGCCAAGCUGCUGGGGAUGGACAUGAUCCCGUUCAAGGGCGAUAGCAUCGGCGUGCAGAGGCUACGGCGGGGGAUGAAGGAGCACUUGGACAGGGAGGGCGCCAGACAGACUCCAGAGGUGCAGGAAGCGGUCAAGUUGGUUAUCUCCAGAGGUAGAACGAGGCAGACAGAGAAAGAAGUAGAAGAAGUAGAAGAAGAAGAAGAAGAAGAGGGAGAAGUAGUAGAAGUGCCCAAAGAGGAAGUCGAGGCAUAG